CGCUGGAAUAUGCCGGUUUCCAUCCAACGGCCCUCGUUGCGAUGGCGCCUUGGAAUUCAGAGUGAGCAGAGACCGGCGAGGACGCUGACCAAGAGGCGCUCGAUCGCUACUCUUUCAAUUCCUCAAGCUGGAUGUUGAGCCCUAGGGUCCGGACGCCCGGCAAAUCCCUGGUGGGGACUCCCGCGAGGGUCGCCAGGAACGCGCCCAGCUCGAGGAUUCGCGUGAUUUGCCGGAUCCGGCCGUUCCUGUCCGCGGAAGAAGGCGAGAAUUCCUGUCUUGGCAUUAGCAGGGACAAUGACACGGAAUCGAGUAGUCUUCACAUAAAGAACGAGAUCACUGGUAGGAGAGAGACUUACAAGCUCGACUUUUGCUAUGGAGCCGAGGACCAUAUCAGCUACAUAUUUAAGAUGGAGAUGGAACCAAUCGUUCCGAUACUUUUCCGUGGUUGCAACGCUACGGUUUUUGCGUAUGGAGCUACUGGCAGUGGCAAAACCCACACAAUGCAGGGAGUGGGAAAAGAUGGGCUCAUUCCCUUAACUAUGGCAGCAAUCCUCUCCAUAGCAAAUGCGGUGGAGGCCACCAUAAAUGUAUCAUACUGUGAGAUAUAUAUGGAUCGCUGCUAUGACCUUUUGGAACCAAAACGAAUGGAAGUUUCUGUGAUGGAUGAUAUCCACGGACAUAUUCAGCUUCGCGGUUUAUCCCAGGUUCUUGUUAAAGAUAUCGAGGAGUUUCAAGCGGUGUAUUUAAAAGGCUGUUCCGGCCGUAAGACGGGCCAGACUGAACUAAAUGACGUUUCUAGUCGAAGUCAUGCCAUCUUGACUGUGUCAGUAACAACUGGAAACCUGGAUAACAUCGAGAAGAUGGCAGUCGGGAAGCUCAACCUUAUUGAUCUUGCAGGAAACGAGGAUAAUCGUCGGUCUGGAAAUGAAGGUGUCCGUUUAGCCGAAAGCAGUCGUAUCAAUCAAUCAUUGUUUGCUCUUUCAAACGUGAUUUGUGCGCUGAACUCGAAAGAAACUAGGAUACCAUACAGGGACAGCAAGCUGACACGAAUCUUGCAAGACUCGCUGGGAGGAACAAGCUGUGCCAUUAUGAUUGCAUGCCUGAACCCGGGCUCGUAUCAAGAAGCAAUACAUACCUUAAAUCUUGCCGCAAAGUCAAGACAGAUAGUGAAUAAGUUCGCUGAAGACGAUCCACACGAGAAAGUUGACAUGGAAGCAAAACUUAAAGCUUGGCGAGAGGAAAGAAGUAAGAACUGCGCAAAAUCUCCAGCCAGGUUAUUCUCCCCAUUGCAAAGAUCCACCCCAGCGGGUCUGAAGGGAAAGUCAUCGCUGCAAAAAUCUUGCAAAGAGGAAUCAGAAGUCAGCCGGUUCCGGACAGACACGGGCUUGAAAUUCCAAGUUUUUAAAGAACUGCCUACGUUUCAGACUGGAGCACAUACAGAAGAAUUCGAGAAAGAAAACGUGGCUCCAACUUCUCCUUUCAACCUCGGGAGCCCGAAAUCUCCUCCGCUCAGUGCAAAGCUUCGUUGUCUAGGAACUUCCAUGCGUGAGGCGCUCUCUCCUCUUCCAUCCAAUCAAGAAAAAAGUUUCGACUUAAGUCCCAUUUUCCAGUGCCUGCCUGACUCGUCCUCGAGCCAGACACCAUUGGAAAAGCUUAACAUGCGAAGCCAGCUUGUCCAGGAUACGUUAAUGAAGGAAUACAUCCAAGUCUUAAACAGAGGAAAGAGAGAGGAAUUGCUGGCGCUUAAGGGUAUUGGAGAAAAGAGAGCGGACUACAUACUACAGUUACGGGAAAAUGAGAAAUCGCCAAUCAAGGAGCUCCAGGACCUUCAUAAGAUCGGACUUAGUGCGAAGCUGGCGUGUGCGUUAUUCAAUGGAACGAUCACCCGCCAGAUCUGUGCCACUCCAAAGUGAAACUACACAAACAGCAAUCAAAUUCGAGAGCAGCACGUAGGACGCAAUGUUCUGUAGCUGGAGCCGGCGAGCGUUCUCCGCAGCAAGCUCGGCAAGCUCGACGUUUUUGUGGAUCUUACAAGCUCCCAGAAGCGUCGUCCACGAUAUAGAAGUUGGAAGGAACGGCAUGGUGUGGAUAAGUUCCUCGGCCUCUCUCAUCCUCCCCGACCGUCCCAGCGCGUCAACCAUGCAGUGGUAGUGCUCCAACUUGGGAAGGAUCUCCCUGUCAAUCUCCAUGGAAGUGAAAUAGUAGCACGCUUCUUC